CCCUUUUAGAAACCCGGAUGUGUGACGUCACUCGGAGAACUGUCGCCAUCAUUUAGCUUUAUUGCCCUUUGAAGCCUUACAUUUCCUCAAAUUUCGACAAGGAAAUAUAAUCGGCUCACAAAAACGCACAAGUGACAGUUCAAAAUGUAUCGUUCGUCCCAGCCCGGAGGAGCAGCAACAGGGGCUGCGGAACAGGAAGGGGGCGCGAGGCCUCCCAAUCCGCAGCACCAGGCCGCUUCCAAGCGGAUACAGCAGACCCAGGCGCAGGUUGAUGAGGUCGUGGAUAUCAUGCGCACAAACGUGGAAAAGGUGCUGGAACGAGAUCAGAAGUUGUCCGAGCUGGAUGAUCGUGCAGAUGCUCUGCAACAAGGUGCUUCACAGUUUGAGCAACAGGCUGGAAAACUGAAGAGGAAGUUCUGGUGGAAAAACUGCAAGAUGUGGGCAAUCUUAAUCGGUGUUAUUGUGGUCAUUAUUAUCAUUAUUGUUGCCUGGGCUGCGAGCGGCUAAUUCAUCACUAGUAUGUUUGUCGAACGGCCAUGACGAAAGCAGACGGCGUUCUUAGAACAAAAGACCCAAAGAGCGGAAGAGCACAAAAACGACAUGUCACCUCAAAAAAAAAAAAAAAAGAUGAAUGAAAGAAAGAAACACUUUAUGCCCUAUGAUUUUCCAUUUUCAGGAAGAGAAUGUUAAGGUCAGGUCUUGUCCAUCUUGUUCAAUGUUGGUACGUCCGGUCCUGUCGUCUGCUUGCCGUUCAUAUUCUGUACGAACGUGGUGUGCAAUAUGGCUAUACUUGUUACUUUUGGAUUCCGGUGUGAAUGCAGACGUGUGGCUGUUUGAAGGAGUCUUACACUAUUGUGUAGGUUAAGAUAUUCCCGGCUUUCUGCCACAGUGGUGUUCAGUUGCUGUACACAAUUUUCUUAAUCAGUAUGGCAGUGACAUAUAUUUUGCAAAUGUUAGACUUUUGUGUAUGUGUAUACUUUUGCUAGUUUAUGUUGUAGUCUUUUUGGUGCACAGAUUAACAUAGUUUGUGUAAAUCUUGUCUCCUCGCAAAAAGCCAUUUUUGAAAGUUUUGUUGGUCAGACUUCGCCUCUUCUCUCAGAGUUUGUGCAGAAUUGUACCAAAUAAUUUUUGCACAGUUCAAAGUUCAGCAAUUUUUUAUUUUUUUUUGAACUGAACUGAACUGAAUAGUUUUCAAGGUAUUGUUGGCUAUAUUUGGUACGAGAAGCACUGGCAGUUUAGACAGUACUCUCUUGAUGUAGUGCUCGGAGGGCUUUGUGUAAUCGACAAAUUGCGAAUUUUCGAGAAACAGGGCGCUGCCUUAAGUUUCGACGUUGUUCGAGUAGGUCCCUGACAUUGCGCGGUUCGGUGAUGCAGGCUUGAUGGUGCAACCUGUCUAGCACACCAUGCUCUGUGUUGCUUAUUGUGAGGAACUGUUCUGUUUCUGUUCUGCUCUGUUACUUACGUCGAGCUCUGUCAGAAAGCAUAUGUUACAAUGGACAGGUGCGGCAGAUACAUUCCCCGCUGUUGCAGCCACGUCAGGUCUGCGACUCGCUUCCGAUUGAUUUCAAAAUUUAUUUUUGUUGACAAAAAAUACCUCUUGCGCGGCUUGAAUCUCAGCAGCGGUGCACUGGUGCGGCGCACAUAUCAGAGUCAGUUUAUCGCUCGGUGUGGGGGCGUACACCACGAUGACUUGCCGUUGUGUGCACACAGUUGUAACAUGCGCUUGUGUUUCAGUCUACUCUGUAACAACAACCACAAAAAAGAAAGAAUGACCACCAGGGAGCAGCAGAUGACCACCCACCGCCUUGCUUUGCGCUUUUCGUGAGGGGCCGUGCCGCCAUUUCUUGAUGCUAUUAGCUGCGGCAGGACUGUGUCAGUCGGCUUACAGGACUGGAGACUGUGAGAACGUCGUACACGAAGCCUCGGCUAGCUUGCUGCUUGGUUGUAGUGUUAGAAAAUGGGUCUUUCUUAUUUUCUUUUUUUUUCUUUUCCAGCUACUUCGUGUACAUUUUGUAUUUAUUGUGAAGUUUUUCGUUUUAUAGAAUUCCCUUCCAUUGUAAGUCAUGAGUUAAUGAAUUGAUUAAAUCUCUAUGAAGGUGUAAAUCGAGCAGGCACACUGUUGCGGGGCCCUCUCUUGACACAGACAAAUCACACGUAGGCAUCAUGGGGCUUGUAUACCAAUCGUACCCUUACACAGCACGAAGAAUAGUGCCGAGACCAGUAUAUGUGGACUGCUCUCUUUGCCCGUACUACAAGCAAUCGGAUAUUGUGGCCGAUAAGUCAUAACUUAUUCCAUUGCACCCCGAUUGCCCUAGCGGUCCUGAGACACUGUACCAGUAAAAUGUUUAGCUUCUCUGUAGAGCUAGAUAUGUUUGAACGUGACUGCAUUUUCGGCCUGCUUUAUCGGACUUUCUUUUACAGAGAAACGAUUUGUGCGCCUCCUGAUUCGACUGUGGUCGUCUUGUAUUCAGGCUUGUAACUGAUGUCUAUAAUUCCAGCACACAGGAAAAAAAAGCACUAUAGGUGAAGUGAACAGUAGGAACAAAAAAAAAAAAAAAAGCUGUGUCCCGUGUCCACGAAAACGUCUCCCUACUUCCCCUUUUGCUCUUUGGAAAACGUUAUAUAUAUAUAUAUAUAUAAACUCUUCACAUGGUAACUAUUGUAUAGCAGCAUAUGUGUGUAAAUAUAUAUGUAUAUACAUAUUACACGUGUGUAUAUAUAUAUAUAUUGGUGUACAAUACAGUCGGAAGGUAUGUACCACUAGCCCUACUCUCGUAUCCACCAUUCUCUCUCGGAGUGUUUCACGAGUUUCCAUGGGUUUGAAUUAGGCUUCGCAACUUGGAAGAUGCCUGUGAUGUUAUGAUGAUGUUGUUGAUAUAUUUAAGAAAACUUAGAAGGAAUUAAGUAAUAAAAGCACUACUAGCCUUUG